UGGAAAGUAACGAAAGGGCAAUGCGAGCUCCGGUAGCUAAUGUGCGCCAUUGUCGUCUUUUUAAACAACAUUGUGUACAUUUUAACGUCGUUUAACUACUGCUAUGAAUACCCAGCGGGAGUCGGAAGCCAUUGACCUUUAAAAACUUGUAACGCGGUUUGUUUUAUUGUUUCUCCUCCGAAGGGAAUUGGCGGUUUGACUUUCGAAAUGGAUAUUAGCUAACCGGCUAGCUAACGAGAUACCGACCUGGAAAUAAGUUGGCUGAACUGGUCGAAAGAGUCGUUGUACAGUUGCUGUGUGGAGAAAUAUUCGAUCUUCUAGUCGGUUUUUGGUUUAAUGUUGUUUUGGUUGUUCUGGGGGAAUUAAACUUUAGGAAACCGGACUAGCCAACUAGCUCCUCAGUCCCCCCGAAAGCGAAGAGGGGAAGGAGCCGUCUCCUCCUCGACUCCUCCGGCCACGGGCACAAUGUCGAACUCCCAGAACCAGCCGCCGUUUCCCAACCAGCAACCGCAGCAGCAAAACCCGAUUCAGUUUCCACAGUUUCACGGGAAACCCAUGCAGAUAAAGAAAAACGCCAUAACGGACGACUACAAGGUCACCAACCAGGUUCUCGGCUUGGGCAUCAACGGGAAGGUUUUGGAAGUGGUUCAGAAGAAGAGCCUGGUGAAGUAUGCGCUGAAGAUGCUACAAGACUGUCCUAAAGCCAGACGAGAGGUAGAGCUCCACUGGCGAGCGUCCCCCUGUGCUCACAUUGUCCGUAUCAUUGAUGUAUACGAGAACCUUUACCAGGGCCGCAAGUGCUUACUCAUCGUCAUGGAAUGCAUGGAUGGAGGGGAGCUGUUUAGUCGGAUUCAGGACAGAGGGGACCAGGCGUUCACUGAGAGAGAGGCCUCAGAUAUUAUGAAGAGUAUAGGUGAAGCCAUCCAGUUCCUUCAUGGCAUAAACAUUGCACACAGAGACGUCAAGCCAGAGAAUCUCUUGUUUACCUCAAAAAGGCCCAAUGCCUUUCUCAAACUGACGGACUUUGGGUUUGCGAAGGAGACAACCACACACAAUUCACUGGCCACUCCAUGCUACACUCCCUAUUAUGUCGCCCCUGAAGUUCUUGGUCCAGAAAAGUAUGACAAGUCCUGUGACAUGUGGUCUUUGGGUGUCAUCAUGUAUAUUCUGCUCUGUGGAUACCCACCUUUCUAUUCCAACCAUGGGCUAGCCAUAUCUCCAGGGAUGAAGAGAAGAAUCCGCAUGGGACAGUAUGAGUUUCCCAAUCCUGAAUGGUCUGAAGUCUCAGAAGAAGCCAAGCAACUUAUUAGAAUGUUGCUGAAAACUGAACCCACACAGAGGAUGACCAUCACAGAGUUCAUGAAUCACCCCUGGAUCAAUCAGUCGAUGGAAGUGCCACAGACCCCCCUCCACACAAGUCGUGUGCUGCAGGAGGAGAAGGAUACCUGGGAGGAUGUCAAGGAGGAGAUGACAAGUGCCUUGGCCACAAUGAGAGUGGACUAUGAGCAAAUCAAAAUCAAGACCAUUGAGGAUUCCUCCAAUCCAUUGCUGAUGAAGAGAAGGAAGAAGGCCAACAUGACAACUGAAAAUCAGACACCUGCCUGCUGAGGACAUGGUGUUUGCCCACCUCUCCUUUAUACAUGUGUACACAGACACAAAAGACGUACAUUCUUACAUUCGAAAGGUUGUAAAAAGGAAGCAAUAAUUCAUGAAAAUGGGAAAGUAAGAAUGAAUGGAAUUUAAGUUUGCUUUGAUUCUAAUCUUUUAUCAAUUUUACUGUUUGUUUAAAAAAAAAAACAUUUGUUUUUAUUACUUAGACUUUGUAACUAAUCAACCACUCUGUACCCUGAAAAGGGGGUUUAUGAAAUUUGGAGAGCAAAGAGAUUAUGAAUAAGAAGGAGCUAAUGUCUGUAGUAGCUUAUUUUGUGAUGUCAGCAAUUACUGUUUUUUUCACAUGGUAUUUUGGGUUACCUGAACAUUGAAGAGAAGGAACAUUUUUUUGUUUUUCUCGAUUUCAUUAUUUUUCCUUUUUCUUUUUUUUUUUUUUUUUUUUUUUUUAAAUCAAUCAACAAAGCCAUUGGUCACGCACACUUUUUUCACUGCAAUUUAAUUUCAUACUACUCAUUCUUAUGUUAUGGGAUGGACUUGCAGACUGAAUUGCACUGUUUUAAUAUGGGUUACCCAGCUUGCAUAGGUAUUUCUUAGGUUCUUGUGACAGAAAGACCUGAGGAACUUGAGCCUUAUGCAGGUUUUCUCACGAAAUACCCCUCCCCCCAUUUUCUCAGAAACACCCCUGCACUUGUAUGUUGUGUGUUUUAAAAGGCUAGUUCCAAAAAUGUAAUGCUGUCGUCACCACCAUGCAGAUAGAGCACACGUAUUUCUGAAAUGACUUGUCGAAUGUAGACAAACUGUUACUUACUGUGAAGCCCUUUGAACGUCUCACACUGAUGCUUGAGGUUCAGUUACUCAGAGCGUCCGGAUCUUUUAAGAGCUUCAGAUUUCGUUAUUAGUGGCCUGUGUUGCUGAGGUCUGGUUUGACUGGUGGGAACUGGCAUCUGUUCUCCCAUUGGAGUCGCUCAUGGAAUCUUGCCCAGUCCUUUACACAAGGAGACCCCUCUUGAACACACUUUGUUUGUUCUUUGACUGUUUUGUUGAUUCUAUGCUUUAUGCACUCGGUCUGUGUGUACUUUGAUCCGUCUUGUCAAUGAAAAUUGCUAUGCAUUUUGUUUCCUCAGCUGACCCCUCCUUAGAAAAGUAUUUUAAAGAAUGUUGGUCAGUGUUUAUUUAGAAAUAUCUAGGAUGCAGUACAUGGGCUGUACAUUUUACACUCUGGCCCUAAAUGAUGAAUUGCAAAGCCAUUUCAUAAGAGCUCGAGUUGACCUGCUAAAGGUUCAUUGUAACUGAUGGUCUCUUUGAGUAUGAAUGGAUUUUGAUCGAUGGGCAGUUUCUGUUGGAGCAUAGCUGUUUGUUUUUUUUUUUGGUUUUUUUUUUCCUCCUAUGGAUUUUUCAUGUCCAUGAUUAGCUUGCAUUACCCUAUGAGAACAGCUAUGUAAAGACAGCUAUGUGGAUGAUAAUCAAAGAAAUAUUUCCUUUGCCCUCAGGCCCCAAGUGUUACUGUAGUUUCAUGUGCUCUUAAGUGAUGGGGAUCAGGUAUCAGGGUUUUUUUUUUUUUUUUUUUUUUUUUUUUUAAUCAGUCUCCUCAAAUUUCAGUACAGUUCAAUGUGUUAAGUCUGAAGCAGUGGACUGCUAGCUCAUCAUCCAAAGGAUUUCUGAUUAUACUUAUUCCUCGGUCUGGACAUUAAGAAUAUUUUAUAUUCACUUGUUAAUUUUUAAACCAUUCUAUCUUUUUAUUUCCUUUGCACAAAAGUUUUAUUUUUUUUCCCUGGCACAAAUUUGACAAAUGGGAUAUAGAGAGUGUUGCCUGAGCCCCAGGUUUACUUGCAGGGGAGUCACAAAUGUAUUUUCAGUGUUCAGCUGCUGUACCUAAGUCUUGGUCUGCUUCAACUUUGGAUUAAAACACAUAAAAACCAA